AUGCUUCAAUGAGUGAUAAUUCUAAUUCUUGUAUUUUCUUAUAUGUGUCUUUGAUUAAGUUUUCUUUUAUCGCUUAUUCGCCAUAAUAGAUUGCUAUGGCCAAUCAGAAGAAGAACAACUAAAUAUUGCCUAUGGCCCUUACUUUUAUCCAGUCUAAGUCUGAUUAGGUAUUCAAAGCCAUAAAUGUAAAUUUGGCAUUUUCGUUUGAGCUUUUCAAGAAAUUGACAAGGACAAAUUUAAUUUAAAAAUUAAAAUAGAUGGAUAGUAAUGAUCUAUUAAAAUACAGGGGCUAUAUAUCAAGCAAUUCUUUUGAUAAUUUAUUCAGCUCUUCAAUUAGGGCUUCCUUAUGCUUUUGAUUUGGUUUUAAUUUUAAGGGUUCAAGCUUGUGCUGUUCAAGAGAAGCAGCUGAACAUGUUUAGAAAUGUGGAUUUUGCAAGAGUAGCAGACAGGCUCCAUACAUUUACAGAAAACUUUGACUUUAUUUUUACAUCCUUGCUUCCAGCAUUCCAUGAUUAACUCCCAUUUCCAAUAGCUAGCAAAAAAAAAUUUUUAAGCUCAAUUUUUUCUUUCGGGAUUUAAAAAAAUCCCAAUAAUAAAAAUUGGAAAGCAUAAUUUACUUUUUAUAUUUUCAAAAUUUCAGUUUUAAAAUGUAAGCUGUUUAAAAAUAAACAGAAUUGGCUAGAAAUUUAUAUUAUAUUAAUUAUCACUAAUGCAUAAAAAUAUUUGCUUACUUAUGGAGGAUGCUUUUUACCAAAAAAUAAAGUUUCCAAUGAUUUUGCUCUCUCAUGAAGCAAAGUAA